UGUCCAUCAGUGGGCGCUAAGUGGGACGCUUGGACUCACAACAUUUUUUGUUUCCAGUCGACAAGUUGAUGUUUGAGUGCGGCGUUUUUGAAAGACUGCAAGCUGAAGCUUUUUUGAGUUUGAACUGACGAAAUCACACAGGUUUCUUAACUAAAUAUGGACGAGCUAAGGCAUCAAGUUAUGAUAAAUCAGUUUGUUCUUACAGCCGGAUGUGCGGCAGAUCAAGCAAAGCAGCUUCUACAAGCUUCACACUGGCAGUUCGAGACUGCUCUCAGUACAUUUUUCCAAGAGGCUAAUAUUCCAUACAGUCAUCAAAUGAUGUGCACUCCAGCCAACACACCAGCGACACCCCCCAACUUCCCAGAUGCCCUAGCCAUGUUCUCUCGUCUUAAAGCCUCCGAGAACUUCGGCAACAGCAGUCCCAUCGCUUCUAUGGCCACCUCACCAGCUCCUCACACCAACUGGGCCAUGAGCCCUCCGGCAACCCCUGGUCACCAGGGUCGAUGGACUCCAGGUCAGCUCAUGCCCCAAGCACCCUCACCAGGCUGGCCAGCAGCUGUCACUCAGCAAGCCUCUGCUGAGCAUGCUAGUAUUGUCAUGGAGGCUGAGAGAUAGAGACUGCUUUAAUUAGCCAUCACACCUUACAGGAAGAGGAGGAUGGAUCUUCCUCUUUAGGACUUCGGCAGUUGUGGAGGUAAACCAGUGCGAUGAGAGCGCUGGGUUGCAGUGAACGGUGGUGGAACAGCGUGUGGCCUCUUCUCCGAGGUCACAGGAGAUCUUUUAAAAUGCUUUUCUUUUGGCGAUAACCAAAAAAGAUGGACAGAAUGAGUAAUUAUGUAGCAUAUUCACAGAAAACCUCAGACAAAUGAAUGUGUUACUGAAUAUUGUCAGUUCUCAACUAAUGGUGAAUACUCUAUUUUGCACUGUGUACUAAACACCUGCAGUGGAUCUAAUAGUUACUCACCGUCAUGUCAUUUUGAACCUUUUAACUUUGAUUUUAUGGACAGAAUACACCUUCAAAAUAUCUUCUUUAACGUUCCACAGAGGAAAGAAAGUCAUACAGGUUUGGAAUGACAUGAGGGUGAGUAAAUGAUGACAGAAUGAUUUUUUUGGCUGAACUGUCACUUUAAUCAACAGCUUUACUGCAGAAAACACAUGCCCUGGUUUCACAGACAAGGCUUAAGCCUAGUCCCAGACUAAAAUGUAAGUCUGAGCUGUUUCAACUGAAAAAAACUUGCACUGAUUGAUCUUAAAAUGUAUCAAUGCCUUAGUUUUGUCUCAAGAUGGACACCAGUAAUGUUUUUUUUCUAAGGCAAAUUUAUAAAAAUUACUUGGAUGUCCUAAUUGAACUAUGGCCUAAUCCUGGCUAACCCUGUCUGUGAAACCAGGCCAUGUUCUUUUGGACUGGUCUGUAAUUUUCGACUUCUUUAUGACUUUGUAACUAAAUUGGCAUUUUAUAUUAAAAUAAUGGUACAAGAAGUGUUUUAUACCCAGAACAUUGGACUCUCUGGUUCUGCUCAGCACUUAGAGGGCAUUUUGUUUUAUCGUAAAUCACUAUUUAAAUAUAUUGAGCAAGAAUAUAUUCCUCUGAUUUCUUUUCACCGAUCACCUCCCUGUAACUGUGUUCACACUGCCUCCACAAUAUUUGUGGACUAUGUGAUGGUUAUUAUUUCCUAUUUGUUGUGUUUUUAAAUAAAUAUUGUAUAUAUA